CCGUUAGAAACUAACCGUUAAAAUUCAAAACCCCAAACAAAAGAAGCCAACAUAGGCUUUCUGUUGCCAUUUUUCAUUCACCUGGCCUUCAAUUUUUCUCGCUUUCCUUCGAAUCUGUAGGCCAUAUUUCCUCACCCUUUUUCUUCAGUCCCAGGAGAUCCCAAAUUACCCUUUUCUUCAGUCCUAGGAUAUCCCAAAUUUUUAUCCAAAAUGAUGAGCCCUUGUUCGGCUCCGAAUCAAGAAGAAAUUGUCCCUGCAGAACCAACAGCUUCAGCAAAUCAGGCCAUUCCCCCGCACCCUCUUCAGCAAAUAGCAGAGAGCGCGAACCACAAACUUUUGUUGAAGCAAUGGCUCAAGGAAGAGGAGUCUAUAGACAGAAGGGUGGCGCUGAAAGAGUCCAGGCUUGACAGGACCAGAAAAGAAGUCACACAACUCUGCUGUUUCUAUUUCCUCUUCCAUGGCACUGUUUUGACUCUGUUAUUCAAUGCUGCAGCGAGAAAUCCCAAGGAUUCUUGUAAAAGGGCCUGGAUCCCUUCCAUGGUGUCCCUUGUUGCUUCCAUGGUGAUUAUAUGGGCUGUGAGAUACAAGAUUGAUGUGGAGACCCAGAUUGAGAGGCUGCUCAAGAGGGAGAAGGAUGAUGCUAAACUGAUGGCUAAGUGCAUUCAGGAAUUAAAGAGGAAGGGGACCGGUUUUGAUCUGCUCAAAGAGGUGGACACCUUGAGGAGGGCUAAAAGUCUCAGGGUGGAGCCCAAGGCUGUAAUGAAGUGGUCGGGAAGGGACCUGGUUACCAUUUUUUUCAUUGCUAUGUCUUGCUUGAUCUUGGCCUUCACAAAGGUGGUGCUCUGUGAUUGACCCUGGUUGCAGGUAUGAUUUCAUGUUUCUACUAAAUGAAAUCCCAUACCAAAAAAAUGUAGUUCUCGGUUUGAGGUGCAGUAUUGUGUGUUUUUCUUUCUGGGUAUGAUUAUUUAAAAUACCCAAAAAAGAAUGCAGAGGCAAACUGCCCCCUCUAUGUUUUAUUGUAGUGUUACCUGAAUCUUCAUAAACUUGAAGAUGUAUAAUUGUUUGGACAUAUAGAUGGCAGCAUAUCUGUUCUGUUAAGCCGAUCUGCAUCCAGGGAGAAGUUCAAGUAUUCGUUUGAACUUGAAGCGUUCUCAAGGCACGAUCUGUAUUUAGGCUAGGCUUCAGAUAUGAAAUAAAUAAUAAUUAUUGACUAUGAAUCAAAUCUUAUAAGGCUGUAUUUCCAUAAAUGUUGAAUGCAAAUCACUCAUUCUGUAGUUUUGAACUCUCCUAUGGAAAGAGGUAUCCCCUGUUUCAUUGGUCAAGCUUUCUGAGCUGCACCGCUAUUAGUGUUAAUGCAGUGGAUUCUCAACUAAUAGUGUGUUUUUCUUUCUGGGUAUGAUUAUUUAAAAUACCCAAAAAAGAAUGCAGAGGCAAACUGCCCCCUCUAUGUUUUAUUGUAGUGUUACCUGAAUCUUCAUAAACUUGAAGAUGUAUAAUUGUUUGGACAUAUAGAUGGCAGCAUAUCUGUUCUGUUAAGCCGAUCUGCAUCCAGGGAGAAGUUCAAGUAUUCGUUUGAACUUGAAGCGUUCUCAAGGCACGAUCUGUAUUUAGGCUAGGCUUCAGAUAUGAAAUAAAUAAUAAUUAUUGACUAUGAAUCAAAUCUUAUAAGGCUGUAUUUCCAUAAAUGUUGAAUGCAAAUCACUCAUUCUGUA